AAUCAGAGUAAUUUAUUCGACCAUCUCAGCCUAUAAAUUCUACGUCUGCAUGUAACAAAAAUCAACAGUAAGAGUAACCGGAAACAGAAGAAUCCUGCUGAAUCAAAACAAACUGAAGUUCUGGUUUGAUCAGAUUAUGGGUGUGAACUGCUUUGAGAUUUAUGCCAGGGGCCUGAUUGUUGCUGGGGGAAAUGAUUCAAGUAAGUGGAAGUGGAUUUACAUGCCAGACUUAGGAAGGUCCUCUGUUGAAGUGGAGGUGGCUGCACUAUUGAACGCGUCUUCGUUUGACGUGAGCAAGAAAUUCCCUACACGAUAUCUCACCCCAACGCUUCAAUACAAAGUUUCAUUUAUCAUAAUGAAACUGGAAGGAUGUGAAGGCUGGGAAGACCAUCCAGUGCACCUGAAGCUUGUCGUCCCCGGUCAAAAUCCGAUUGAACGCACGGAAGAUCUGAGUAAACUCCCAGAAAAAAAAUGGACAAUGAUCAAAGUUGGCAAAUUUUCAACUAGUAUCAGCACCACUGGGGAUUUGGAAGUCUCCAUGUAUGAGGACGGCUCGCAGUCGAAGAAAGGGAUUGUUGUGAACAAAAUUAUCAUCAGCUCCUCAUAGUGCCGUACAGAAACUGAGCACGAUGAUAAUCAACAGUGGGACUAGUAGCUCUCACUAUAUGACUAUGUAAUGAAUAAAAAUGUGAGGGCGUUAUUAUGUAUGAGAUAAUAAUAAACAGCAGCAAUAAUAAGAGAUUAUGUUCUCACAA